CCUUCCAAUGUCCUUCCCAAAAUCCCUCACUAGCCGAUUCUACUCAGUCCUCUAUCCGGCUUUACUCGUUCGGUGACAACCCGAUCACAUCAUCCCCUGAAUCAUCGCUUGCUUGCACAACUCAAAGAGAAGGAUGCUUCUGUCGAGGUUGAGGAUGUCACUAACAAAGGUAAACAAAUUAAUGGGCGUAUUUUCUUUUUUCCUUCUGUAUGGUAAUUAUGUGUUUGCUCGCUAAGAAAAAUAUAUGAACUUAUCGGAAAAUAAGGGAAGUUUUUUACUUUAGUGUUUUGUAGUUUUAGGCAGUUGGGAACUUAAGUAAGAGACGUUCUUGGUCAUUUAAAAUUAGUGAAAAUUGAAAUUUUGAUUGAAAAGUUAACCUGUUUUAUUUUAUUGCUCGUUUUCUCAGAAUACAAAUGGGAUACUUUAUGUUUGUGUAUUUGCUAGUUAAUGUGAAAUGAUGCUACAACGGAUCAUGGGAGCUGGGAUUUAGAGGGAAAUUGUAUUAUGUUUGCUUAAUGUGGGAAAAUUUUCACACAUUUGUGAAUUAAUUAAUUUUAUUCAUGGGGCUUUGCUUCUGAAUGAUCUGCAUUUGAAUCUGCAAUUUUUAUCGCAUGGUUUUGGUAAAAUCUAUUUUGUUACAUUUUAUGGUGAUAAUUAAGCUAGUAUUGGCAGAGGACAAAAUAAUUUUUGAACAUGGUUGUCAUUUGUUUUUGAUAAAACAAGAAUAUUCUGUAUAUUUUUAUUUAUUUGUAAUAUUUUUUUUAUUUAGUUUGUACUAUGUGUAAGUUAUUUGGUUGGUUUUCCGGUGUGAGAGCUGAAAGAUCUAAUGGAUAAGUACUUCAAGGGGGAUGAGGAGGUGCUCCCUUCAAUUACGGAAGCAAUCUUUACACUGGAGGUUGUCAAGGAAGCACGAGGAGACAGAUGAUGAUUUGAUGGAAGAACUCCAUAUGAAGCCACUGGAUGAUGUGAAGGAUAAAAAAUUUGAAUCAGAGUUUAAGGAGCUGUAUCAGACUGAUGAGGAGAUUGAUGAAUUGUACAACGCCAAGGAAUGUCAUGAAGAAAAUCCUGAAGGAUGAGUACUUCAACAUGGAUGACAAUAAAUGGGAUGAGAUGAUUAAGGAGGCAAUGGAACAAGGUUUUUUGAAGGACACAAGGGAAUGUGAGGAAAUUCUAGAGGAUAUACUUAGCUGGUAUAAGCUCCUUCCAGAUGGCAUCAAGGAAAAGGUGGAACAGAGGUUCAAUGCGCUGGGGGAUAUGUGUGAAAGAGUUGAUGUUGAACCUGAAGAAGCCUAUAACCGUUCAAGCAAUUUGAGGAUGAGAUGGUCAUGGAAUAGAGAGAAAAUGGAAGCCGAGGGCCCCCUACAAUUUGACAAGGCUAUGGUGCCAGACAACAAAAAGGACUUGGAUGACCCACUAGUUGAGGGGUCAAUGCUUAGGUGACAAACUUGGGUAGUCAGGAGAUGAGGUCGCAUUCAGCGGGGGUGGCAGUUGAGGUGGUGCGAUUGAGGUGUUGCUGGGUGUUUGGCCACUGUUGGAGAGGCGGCGAUGGCCUCAACCAUUCAACCCAAAUCGCGAAGAAGAAUAAGACGACCAAAAAUUAAUAUUUUAUUAAUAAAAAUUACGAAAAUUAUUAUUUCAAUUUUUUUGAUAAAAAUUUUGGUUUAUUUGCAGGUGAGGAUUUAUUUAAAAAAAAAAAAAAAGAUAAAAAUUGGCUUAUUUGAACAUAACAAAAAGUUAACGGACAAACGAAGCUGGGAAAGCCAACAAGUUGGCAGUGGAUGCUCGAGCCUCAUAUGUCAAGGGAAGACUUCAAGCUAAUCAGGCUUUUAUAGAGACUUUGAAGGCAACGAUAACGAGGCAGCAUCUCACACAAUCUCUACAUGAGAAUUUAAGCCGCAACACUUUCCUGCGGGGCAUUGAAAUUAGAUUCAUGAGAUCCUUGAUAUCCAUCUGAUUUCAUGCACUCUUACAUUGUUGCAUGUUGUUGAUGUGGUCAAUCGAUUGACAGAUGCCCUUAUUGCUGAGAAAAUUCAUCAAUUUUUUAAAGAAUUGAAAUUGUUUUUUGUUUAUUUUA